ACUGCACAUUUCAUCAGCUGCACUUCCUGAUGCGUGUGCACUUGUCUCUUCAUUAGCGCUCGUGUCAGCUCUGCACGUCCUAUGCAUUUCUCUACAUGUGUCUUGCCGAGCAGAUAAAAGCAGACUCAUGCCACGGUUGUAACAUUUUCUCUGGAUCCAGUGGACACGUUUGUCUCCUCUGCACACACAGGACAAAUGGACAAAGCCUCAGGGAACGCACAGGUGGAAAGUGGACAAAUAAUUUCUCCAAACGCUCGAAGGGCCUUCAGUUUUUCAUCUCUUCGUAUCAAAAAAAGGAACAACAGUGAGGAAGAGGGUGGAUUUGAGCGGAGGAGAGGGUUGAGAUCUUUUUCAUCAGCUCGAGAAUCAUCCAGAAAAGCAGAUCCUGUGGAAUCUCCUACCAGACGCCAACCGGUUGAACAGACCAGGUUAUUUUCUAAAGCUGCAGAUGAAGCAGGUCCUCCAGGAGUAAGUCGGGUUCAAGAGCUGCUGAAAAAAUUUGGUGAGCAGCCCAAAGAKAACCUCGCCACCGCUGAUGUGCCUGGAAAACGCUGUGCAACACCACCAGGGGACGACGAUGGACGACAAGGGGCCCUCAAGAGGUUCAGUGCUAUGUGGCCCUCUUUCCGCAGAAAGGACAGAAAGGACAAAAUCAAAGAGCCUGAUCUUGCAGAGACGAGGGAGAACCUGCCAGUCAUGGACAAUGUGCCCAUUCAGCCCCGCCGGGUCAGCGGCCAGUACUUCUUUGAGUAUCUAGUGGUGGUCAGCCUGAAGAAGAACAAAGAUGGCAGCAACUAUGAGCCUCAAAUCACCUACCAGUUUCCUAAGAGAGACGUUAUGGCCAAAUAUCAGAAGGAGGAAGAGGAGAAGACCCUAAAGGCAAUCACACUAUUUUGUUUCCCAGAGGGCAUCAGUUGGGCUCCUUUGACAGAAUACCACAGUGAGACCUUCUCCUUUGUUCUGACUGAGAUCGAUGGCAGUAGACGAAACGGAUACUGCAGGAGAUUACUGCCAGGAGGAAGAGGAGCUCGACCUCCAGAGGCUUUCUGUAUCAUCAGUUCGCUGGCCUGUUUCGGCCUCUUCUCCAAGAUAUUCGAUGAAGUGGAGAAGCGGCGGCAGAUCUCCAUGGCCUUGAUCUACCCAUUCAUGCAGAAGCUGAGAGAGGCUUCAUUCCCGGCUCCAGGACAAACAGUGGAGAUUAAGAGCUUCAUUCCUGAGUCGGGCACCGAGAUCAUACACUUGACCCGACCGUUGGAUUCUUGGCUGGAACACGUCAACUUCUGCACUCUGUUUGACUGCCUGACAAACGAGGAGGUGCUGCAGGUGUUUGCUGCUGCCGUUCUCGAGAGACGGAUCAUUUUCAUUGCAGAAGAACUAGGCACAUUAUCUCAGGUCCUUCAUGCAGUAGCAGCCCUCCUUUAUCCUUUCACCUGGCAGCACACCUUCAUCUCCAUCGUUCCAGAAAUCCUGAUCGACGUGGUGAUGGCGCCCACCCCCUACCUGCUGGGGGUCCAGAAGCGCCUGCUGGACCAGGUCACCGACCAGAGUGAUCUAAUGCUGGUUGACCUGUCGAAGAAUAAGGAGAAGACUUUUCUGGUGACUAUUGGUGAUGAGGAUUCGAUUAUUCCCCCGAAGCUCCAGGCAGAAAUACUGGACGCUUUGAGUCAGAGGAGAAAGGUUUCAGAUGUAGACGAGGCGAAGAAGGUGGAGGAGGUGAACCGGGUGGUUUCUGAAGCCUUCCUCCAUUUCUUUGUCAGAACAGUCGGUCAUUACAGCUCAUACGUCAAAUACUCAAAAGAAGGUCCUGGCGUGUUUGAGAAAAGACGCUUCUACAAGGCCAUCGAGUCCAAGACGACUCGACACUUUGUCAAGAAGUUCAUCCAGACGCAGAUGUUUGACCUGUACGUUCAGGAGCUGGAGCAGCAGCAGCCGUCAGGACGGCAGCAAGGUAUAUUCCACAGAAAGAUCACAGAAUAUCAGAAGAAGAAAAACGAGAAAACGAAGAAACACUAGCUGACACUUUGGGACUGUGGGUGUGGAUAUAAAUAUGUAUAGAUAUAUAAAUAUUUCAAGACCUUCAUAGGAAAAGAUGUGAAUAUUGUACUGUGUUUUUUGUAAUUAUUUUUAAGUUUGCUUUUAAAUAAUUAUGUUUCAAAGUGUGAAUUACUGUAUGCGUUGCUGCUACUCACAGUGUCAAACACUGGUGUAUGGGAGAGGUGUUCUCAGCCUGUGGCCUCCAUGGCGGUGCUGAUGAACAGGAAAAUCAUUUCCAAUAAAGAUUAGUUUAAGUCCAUGGAUCUUCCUGCUGUGAUUUUAAGGCUUGAGGAGUACAGUUUAAGAAAGCAGCUCAUGUUUUCUGCCUCUCUGAGCAGAGUCUCACAUUUCAUCUAACAACUGACUUUUUUGAUGUGUAUGAGUUGACAUAUUGCAGAAUUUCGUCUGAUACAAAACUGAUAAUAAAGUGAAAUGCAAGCUG